GAGUUCGUGCAAAAGCAGUCACAGCACAGAGGGUGUGUGUGUGUAUGUGAUUGGGAAUAAGCAACUGGGAGAUUACCUGCUGUGUAACAGAGCUCACUCCUUCCGCAUAUUUAUGCACAUUACAGCCACAUCAGUUUGUUACGGACAAGGAUGGUUAAAUGUCAGUAAAUGCCAUCAGCAAAAAUGAGUGUGACUUCAUGGUUCCUGGUGAGCGGUUCCGGAACUCGCCACCGCCUCCCUCGGGAGAUGAUCUUUGUUGGGCGAGAAGACUGUGAAUUUAUGCUACAGUCGCGCAGUGUGGACAAGCAACAUGCUGUAAUCAACUAUGAUGCUGAGAAAGAUGAGCACUGGGUGAAGGAUCUUGGAAGUAUAAAUGGGACAUUUGUGAAUGACAUACGCAUACCUGACCAGAAAUAUGUUGCACUCAGAAUGAAUGAUGUGGUUCGUUUUGGUUAUGAUAGUAAUGUGUAUGUGCUAGAAAAAAUUCAACACAAGGUCCCUGAGGAAGCCCUAAAGCAUGAGAAGUACACCAGUCAGCUUCAAAUGUCUUUGAAGGGAACAGACAUAAAAAGGGCGGAGCAGCAUGUGGAGCCUUGUACUAACAUAGAAUCUCCUCGGGCACGAUUAGAGAAAGCCGAGCGAAAAGCUGUUACAGAUGUUCCUUCUCAGUACCGAACACCUCUGUAUGGGCAGCCCUCUUGGUGGGGUGAAGAUGAUGCAGGUAACAAAAUCGAAAGAGAACAUAUUAGAAGUCCUGAGGACCACUAUUCAGAUCAUCCGAAACAUGAACAAGAAAUCAAUGGUAACAUUGUUGAUUACAAAGACCCCCAAGAGCAGUCUGUUUAUUCUUACAGAAGAGAACCUAGUUACUUUGAAAUACCAACAAAAGAAUUUCAGCAGCCAACCAAAUCUCCAGAGAAAGAACUUCAGGAAAUCCCUACCAAGGACAUAGACACAAUAACACCACCCGUUGUGCAGAGUCAUGCAUCAUUUACAAUAGAAUUUGAUGAAUGUGUGCCAGGCAAAAUGAAAAUAAAGGAUCAAGUGACCAAAUUUUCAUAUAGACCUCGAAAACUACUGGGGAAAGAUCCUAGUCAGGCAGAGAUGAUCUCUGCAGAAAGCAAAGUUGCUGACUGGUUGGUUCAAAACGAUCCAAGCCUACUAAGGAGACAGCCAAAAGGGGAUGAUAUUUACAGCACAAAGAGUGAUCUGCAAGUGCAUAUCAGCACAUUGAAAGGCAGCAGACAUGAAGACGGAACGCAGAGUGAUUCAGAAGACCCUGCAGUAACGAAGCCACAGCAACAGAGUCCUGAUCAGGAGCACUUAGAUGAUGCAGCAAGCAUGCAGCUUCAGAUCCAGCCAGACCCUCUAGAAGUGCCACAUAACCAACAAGCUUUUGUCAUUGAAUUUGUUGAAGAUAACCCACGUAAAAAGAGAUCGCAGUCUUUCACCCAGAGUGCAUACUCUGCACACAGCGAUUCUUGUCCUGUUCACAGAGGGAGGCGAAAAGGAGCUGUAGCUCCCGAUAAGCCUGGAAGCACAGCACCUCAGGUUUUGCAAUCUUCGCAAGGUUCCCAUGGGAGCAGACCAGUAACUGUUACCACAAGCAUGCAACGAUCCAGUUCACUUAAGAGGGAGAAAACUGAAGAGCGCUUAUCAACAGCUUCAGGUUCAAACACAAGGACUGCAGUAAAAAGUUUUGGUAGCAUUGGAAGAAAGUCCAGGAUUGCUCAGGAAUUUGCCAAGGAGUUUCUAAGAGAUACAAUCCGCAAUGGUGUUGUCUCUGCAGAGAAGCCGUCACUAUCAAAUGAGCUCCGUAUGCCAGCACAAAUUUCUCAGGUAAUGUCAGUGCCACUUCCUGUUUCAUCGUCGAUAUUAACGCCUGCUGUAACUGUUACUGCAGUACAACAUUCAAAUUUAAAGUCAUCUAGAAAUGAUAAAGAGGAGGACAACUUGAGUGAGACUGGGACGUAUACCAUUGAAACAGAUUCACAAGACAGAGAAGUAGAAGAGGCCAGGAAAAUGAUAGACCAGGUGUUUGGGAUUCUUGAGUCACCAGAAUAUAAUGCAGUUUCCACAGCUGUCUACAGACCUGUUAUAGGUGAAGAAAAAGAAAGGAGCCACAGUAAUCAGCAAGUAAAGAAAGAUAAAGCUAUAAGUCAGAAGACUACAUUGGCACAGACGUAUAGUUCUCUACCAACUGGUUGUCCUCAGAAUAUAACACAGGCGCAGCCUGUCAGUCCUGUAAUCCAUGGGGGCCAGAAAUGGGCCUCAAUGUGGGCAAGCCUCGCUGACAGCUACAGCGAUGUAAAAUCUUCUAGUGGUAUGCAAGAAAAACAAAUCUCAGAAGGAAAUGGAGGUUUCAGUCAAGUGACUGCAUCUGGCAAAGCUGUGGAAGUUGCUGAACCUGGUACAAAUGUGUCUUCCAGAACAAGAAGGAUUCUCCCUCAGAUUCCACCAACUGACAAAUCAGAAACCACAGCCGCUGUUAUAGCUGUUACCCAAGAAACAUUUUCAAGCUAUAGUAUUUCCAGUCUUUCUCAGACAAAUGAUAUCAAACAUGGAAGGACAGAAAGGCAGGAUACAGCAAAUCGGUUGAUCAUUCAAGAGGAUUUAGAUCCUGAUAGCCUUAGUGAUGAUAGCAAAUCAGAUGAUGGUUUAGCUGUGGAAAGGUCCAAGAAACAUAAACAUUUAUCAAGUACAGAAAGACCUAAACAAGAUAAAACCAGGAAGGAUCUUAAAACAGAUGAACAAUUAAAGGUAAGCCGGGCAACUAAUGGAAGAGUUGCAGAUGAAGCUGGACUUACUUGCUACACGGACAUUGAAAAGAUGGAAAUGGGAAGCCCAUCAAAACGACUGCUUAAUGUAAAUCAUGAAAACAAAGACUUCACAAGAGUAAUGACUAAUGCACACUCCACAAAACAGGUUGAUGUACAGAAUGUCAACAGAACAUUUAGCAAAAGCACUGGAAAACCAGUGGGAGAGUUGAGUAAAAAUUUUUCUCAAGAUCCAGAUAACAUACCAACAAAGGAUCCUAGUACAUAUUUAAUCCGGCAAGAAAGCUUCACCAAAGAAAGACCCAGCCGUGAUGUUCCAGUCAGUAUGCUUCCACACAUUUCAAGUUGCACUGUAGAUUAUAGUCACGAUACCCAACAUAUUCUUAAAGAAACUGAAACUGCUUUAGCAGCACUUGAAGCCAAAUUCCGCUCCCAGACACAGUCUGUGGAAAAUAAUCGUACAGAGGACUCUCUGUCUGGGGAAUCUGACGUUGACACUGCCAGCACAGUCAGUUUAUUAAGUGGUAAAAAUGCCGCUUUAAAUGAAAAGCGGGUCCUUAACAGUAACUUACAAAAGGAGAAGUCAUCUUCAACUCCCUCUAUACAGGAUCAGUGUAACCAGUCAGGUGCCCUUGGACGACUUUCAGAAAAACGCAGAACUCAGACAUCUGAUACAAGUACUAAAGGAGAACAAACAAAACGUUUCCACUUGAAACGGAGUGCUGGGACCCAUGGAUCUACUGAUCUUACAGAUGAUGAAAAGUGUUCUAGUCUUCCCCAUAUACCAGUAACUGAAACUGCCACUUCUGAUUAUGAGCAGCCAAUGUCAAGACCUCUGUCUAGGAAAAAGCCUUUCUCUCAGUCUACAAAAGAGAGCUCAAAGUCUGUAGUUCAACAGGGCCUCACAAGAUCCAAUAGCUUGUCAGCACCUAGGCCUACCCGAACUUCACGGUUACGUCGCUCUCGAUUAGAAGCAUCAGAUAAUGAAUGUGCUGAUUCAGAUAAAGUCUCAAUACAUGCAGAACAAUCUUCUGCAAGUUCAGCACCUUCCAAACAACCUGCAGAAGUGAAGAAGCUUUCAAGGAUUGAUAUCCUUGCUAUGCCCCGAAAAAGAGCAGGGUCUUUUAAUGUGCCUAGUGACUCAGAAACGACAGCUUUAAAAUCAGGAUUCUCAGGGCGCAGUAUAGAAUUAAGCACUACAAUUCGAAAACCAGUUAUAGCAGUACCUAGAAGAAGUCCUGGACAAGUUGUAAAGCAGACUGUCUCACACACUCGUUCCACUAGUACAAAGUUUUCUACUUCAUCCAGCUCAAGACGACGCCAGCAGGGUUCAGAUUACACUUCUACUUCUGAGGAGGAAUACGGCUCAAAUCACAGUUCCCCUAAACACAAACACUCCCAUACUUCAACAGUCACACAGACGUCUCGGACGCAGCCAUCUGGAUAUGGAAGAAAGAAGCAGAGCCAAAGGGAAGCCGAAGAGGAUGAUGAUGAAGCAUACCCCUACCAGAACUGGAUAUCACAGACUGCAGAAAUAGCCGAGAUAGCAAGAUUAAGCCAAAAUCUUGUGAAGGAUGUGGCAAGCCUUGCCAGAGAGAUCAGUGACGUUGCUGGAGAUGGAGAUUCCCAAAGUUCCUCAGGCACUGGGCCAAGUACGUCAACAAGCUCUGUACCCAACACUCCUGCUUCAACAAUUUCUGCAAGAGAAGAGUUGGUGCAGCACAUUCCAGAAGCAAGCCUCAACUUCCAGAAGCUUCCUCCUGGAUCUACUGGACUUGAAAAGAUUUUGGAUCAAAACAUGAAUGACCAAGAAGUACCAAGACGAACAAGGAACCGAGAAGAGAUGAUUUUUGAUAAUCUGAUGUUAAACCCCGUUUCGCAGUUAUCACAUGCAAUUCGUGAAAAUACAGAGCAGCUUGCAGAGAAGAUGAAAAUUUUAUUUCAGAAUACAGAAAAGAAUUGGGAAGAAAUUGAGGCCAAAAUUAAUUCAGAAAAUGACGUGCCAAUUUUGAAGACUUCAAAUAGGGAAAUAUCCUCUAUUUUGAAAGAACUGAGGAGAGUCCAAAAGCAGCUAGAAGUUAUAAAUAGCAUCAUUGAUGUCACCGGUCCACCACAUGUGCUUGCUGGGAAAACAUCUUCUCCUGGUAAUGGCCAGUCAGCACAUCUGAACGGCAAGCUGAGCAACACGGCAUCACCGUUACGGAGCUCAAGGAGUUCACCAACAAAACUGCUGAGCUCGGUGCCACCCCAGCAAAAGCCUGGUUCCCCUUACCCUGGACAAGCGAAUUUUAAUCCAAAUGAAGAUGAUGAAAGUUUUGUGGUCUGAUCGACAACACCUUCUUUGUUUUUUGUAUGUGAGCUAGUGUGCUGUCAGUUUUGUGUUUUUGUGUCCAUUGAACCACUCUACGGAGCACUAAUAUAUACUAUGGCUGAAAUGUUGCACAAACAAAGACUGUACAGUAUGGUAGAUGGAAUUUUUUUUUCUGCUUUUCAAAUAAGACUAACACUGUGGAGUAGCACAUAUUCAGAACAGAGGUAACAUUUCUGAGAAAAUAAUCUAAUGUUACAUUGAUAGAAUGUGCCACUGAAACAAAUUGCACGGACUUUUCCUGUCUAAGCUGCAGCUCAGAAAUGGAGAGACCGAGCAGCAUAAACAGGCUAAGAAUAUAGUUGUACUUGAUUUAUAGUGACACUUGAUAUAAAAAAGGUUAUAUAUAUUGUUGAUCAAAUGUCUUUAUACAGCGGGUAGCAAUGAACCUUCAAUGUUGGCUGUAGUAAAAUAGCUGGCUGUGAAAUGGAAGAAUGCAAGUGCCAGGCAGCUGUGGUGCAGUAGACCAUAAGAUCUGUUUUGUGGUUUAUAAAACUACCAUUCUGAUCAUAAUACUGCUUUGCAGGCAUUGAAAACUUGAUUUGAUUUACAGUACUGUUAGAAUUGAUACUUUACUGUGAAAAAUCAAUUUUUUGGCCUGAAUAACUUUCUUCAUUUAUGAAGAAUAUAAUUAAGUGAAAGAUAUAAAGUUUGUAACAAGAGUUUCUCAGAUGGACUUUGUACAUGUAAAUAAGUUCAGUUUAUUGAUUGCCAUUUGCUGACUGGCACAUGCAGUAUUUUGCUUUGCACUAACAGGUCUCCAUAAAAUGUUUUAAGUAUUUAGAACCAGCAUGAUAGUGUAUUGUUAAGAGUUUGCAAAGUAGAUUAGAGUUUAUGCUCAUGAAUUAAGCCACUGUUCUUUGUGGGUCCUCUGUAACAGUUUUACAUCAAAAUGUACAAGUGUUAACGAUAUUUUUGUAGAUAAAAACAUUGUGAUGGUUUCAAAAAGUUCUGGGUUGUACUUGAAGAGCUUGUGUUGUCACUGUCAUAAGUGGACGUUAGUGGACUAGGCUGUAUCUAGUAAGUCAGCUUUUAAGACUUGCCUGAAGGCUGUUUUUAGCACAGUGCCACCACUAUUUGCAUACCAAUACUGUUCUGCCUGCUAUUUUCCAGUGCAAAUCACAGUUGCUGAGAAUUCGAAAUAGAAUAUUAUGGGGUGAGGGGGUGGGCAACUUGAGUACAAUUCACUAUAUAAUGCAGACAUAAGGUGUUUCUACCUUAAUGUGCAGUUACGGAUUAGUCAUUUAGUGAUGUCUGUGAAAUUCGGUUUUGCAUUUUUGCAGAUGUUUUAUGUAUUUCCCCAUUCACAGCAUCAGCACAGGAAGGCAGACGUACAUAAGAUCCCUACAUUUCCUCCUCCAUGGAAUUGGAUUGCAUUGGAAACUUGAAAUGUGGUAGUGGGUGAUGCUAAUAUUCUAGCCUAAUGAGACAGUAACAAAACAUCAAUACCCUGUUUGCUGCCAAAAUAUCAGUACUCACUUUGCUGCCAACUAGCCAAUAAUUUGAAUUGUUGUCAUUUUUUAUCAGUUGUUUUCAUAUUUACUCUCAAAGUUUCUUCAAAGCCCUGGUUCCCAGUCAUGCAGCCUUCAUCAUUACCCAUCUGGUUUCAUAAUCAGAACGUUGAGUAGUUAUUGUCAUGUGUAUCAUAUGUUCCAGAAAUUAGGUGAUUUAUAACAGUAACGUUUCAUCCUUACUCAGGACUGUGAUGGACUUUAAAAUCACCUUUUUUGCUUGUGGUUGCUCCUUAUAGCCAGUUUUCCAUCGUAGGAGAACAUUUUUGGUGCACUGUUUUAUUUAACGAGUCAUAAAUGGUCAUCUGUUGCUUUACUUUAAAAAAAAAAACCUCUAGCAUAGUACUUUGAUGCACCGUGCAUAAAGCAUGUUUAUGUUUUUAGUAGAUGAGUUAAGAUUUUAAUUAAACAAAAUCAGUUAUUGUGGCAGGGCUGAUACAUUAUAGUUAUUUAUACAUUCAUCGCCAUGCUGUUUGGCAGAAGAUAUGACCAGUUGGCCCGUCUUCUCUUACUGUUGUCUUGCAUGUUGAAUAAGCUGUUCUGUCCACAUCCUUCUGUACAGUUGCCUUCCCUAGAUCACUACCAUGACUUCUCACUGUUUCUAAAUAAACUGCUGACUGGGGAGCUUGUUUGUGAUCCAAUGGCUCUUUCAAACUCACGCACACAGCAUUUUCCAUAUGUUACAUUUUUCCUUCAGAGUCGAUUCUCUUGUUCUUGUAUAUGUCUUUUUCUGAUAGAUGGUUCCUCCUUAGCCUAGUGUUAGACUGCAGUAUAACUUCUUUUCAUUUCUUAAGUAUUUGCCACAUUCCUUUUGUUUCCUCUUCAUAACUUAAAUGCAUAAAAUUUAAUGACCAAAAAAUUGUUGAUUAAUGCUUUUAGUCCAUAAUAUCUUCCUGUCCCAUGUUCUUUCUCUUGCUGCAAAUUUCACUGAAUACGUUUGUACAUCUGAGACUAGAGACAGAUAAAUUAUGACUGUCAUUUUGGGCAAGGAUCUGGCUGCCAGAAUAGUGUUGCAGUACAUGAAAAUCAUUCUGGAUUGAGCCAUCAAGGUGAAAGCCUCCUGCCAGUUUCAUCAUCCUUUAAAUUUAGGAAUCUUCUUCAUGGGUAGCUUUAUUCUACGUGGAAACAUUCCAGGUGAGUUUGACUACACUGUGUGCCCACCUGCCAGUCCAUACUAGUCAGUUUUUUUUUUUUUAUUUAGAAUUGCUUGGGGACCCAGAUACCUUGAAAUUUUCCUUUUGGACAGAAGUAGGGAGCUGUUGAGAAAACUGUUUCCUUGUCCAUUGAUUUGGGCGUGCAUUUUGUUGUCUGAUUGCUGUAGCCAGCAUUUAAAUGUCUCCAUUGAGCCAGGUGUUCAGCAAAUCUGAAGUGGCAUUUUUAUAAUCACAAGGCUGAACUGUGAUUAAAUUGGAAAAGCCUUCAUGGCUGGUUUGUAUGUUACACUUGUCUUGUCAGUAGAGCUGCUGGCUGGAUGAUUACAUAGUGCAGUAGUGUUGGCUCCAUUUAAUUUUGCAGUGCAGUAAAUAUACUUUUGGCAUAAAAGGAGAAGAAUUGGCAGACACAUUUUUUCUGCAUCAUAUACAUACAUGAUUGACACAUUCUUUGCGGUGGAGGUGGUAAGGGUAUUCAUUUAGUUCACCACCAGGGUGGAAACAGUUCAGGUUCUUUUUUUCUGCCUCCUCCCUUCUCGUUGGCCUAUUCAUUCCUCAUUACCAGGUGAGGGUCAGCUUGGAGGGGCUAUCAUUUAGACAGCCAUUAGAGGUGGUUUGAGGGUUUCCUGCUUAGUCUCUGAUAGUGUUCCAUGUAGAUGCCGAACUUGUGUAUCUGAAGGGGGUUGUGCAUUGGACUGUACGCACUGGUUGUCCCUGACUUCCACAGGGGAUUUUGCCGUCAAGCAGCUUCACCCCCUUCCCAUAACCACAAGUGGUUUCCCUAGUCUCUACUGUAGAAAUCAUACUUCCAUGUGUCCUCCUAGAAUAGCUGCUACCCUUCCUACCUUCCCACCUUCCUAAGGAGAGGCAAGUAUGCCACACCCCUUCAUUCCUCUCCCUCCCUACUUGGCUCUUCUAGUGCCAGGGCCUCUCCUCAAAUCCCGGUUACCUGAGUUGUAAUAAGGACCAGACUAGUUCAGGGGCUAUGCCACAAAAUUCUAAAGCAAAUAUAUGAAAGUUAAUACCAGAGAUAGCAGAACAUGCAUUAGGUACACAACCCUUUAUCUUAAUAGCUGCUAGUAAGCCUUUUGGUUAUUUGGUCCAGGGGUGCAGGUGACUAUCCAUGCCAGAAGGCAUGACUUCAUUAUCAGCAAGUUCCUUGGCAUGGCUCCUAGGGAAGGUACCCCUGGAUGCUUCUCCAGUCAUAUGGUGGUAUGGGCAUACUGCAGCAUAGAAAAGUCAGGCAAGAUGUAACCAAGACAGGCUGAACACUUCUUGAAGGUGGGUUACCCUCAUCUAAUCAUGCUUAUGAACAAUACCCUUUUACCUCCCUUACCACUGUUUUCAUAAGCCUGUUUACUGGAAAAGAAAAAUCUUCUUUGCAUUUUUGACAUGUUAGAUAGUAGAAGGUGAUGUGGGUCUGGUUCUGGAAGCUCAAGAAGGGGUUUCAGACAUCUAAUCCUUUGGGGGGCUGUAGUCACCUUCAUCAAAGGAUCCUUUCCUUAAUUGGAAUUGUGCCUCAUUCUAGAAUGUAGAAGACUUGAACUUCAUUUUCAUCACAUGUGUAUUCAGGUGCAUCUGAGUACAUCUUAGGGCUGACAGAAACUCUCCAAUUUUACUUUCAUGCAGGAUCAAGAAGCCACUUGAGCAGUGAAUGCUUGAUCGUUCAGGAUAAGAGACUUUUUAAAUCCAUUAAUUUUUCUCUCCCAGUGCCUUUUUCUUUCCUGUGCACUGCUGUCCCCUCCUGUCCUUCAACUCUUGCCUUAACGUGUUGCCCAUCGAGCUUCGUCAUGGGAGCUGUGCAGCGGCUGGUGUUACAUGUGAAGAUCCUGAUGAUCAUCAUUAUAUAUGCUUGGAUGUGAUGGAAGGGUGGGUGACCUCUUAAUCCCUCUGCCUAACAUUAAGCUCCAUACAGUGCUUUCCAGGCUGACUGUUACAGAGAAUGCCUUUAAAUACUGUAGCCUGAGGUGGAUUUCAGAGCAGUGCUAACACAUGUACUCUGCAAGUUUCAAUGCCUCCAGCCUCCACCAGAGGUCAGCACCUAUAACUAUACCUCUCAACCUCUUACAGUAUGAAUUCUGGACAAAGCCAGAAAUACUGGGGGGCAAAGGCCCCAAAAUAGGGACAUUUUUAAAAUAUUGCUUUUAUAAAGUUAGCAAGUUGAUAGCAUAACAUGUUUUCCAUUAGCAUGAAGUUUUUGAAGGGUCUGAAGUCUGAAACUGGAAAGUCUGUCAUGAUUUUCUGACUUCCAUCCUCAAUAAUUUGCCAAAAAUACAAAAAUAUAUGAGGAACAAAUAAAAAGUAUGAGGGAAAAAUCUGGAGAUUCUGUGAAAAUCUAGACAGCUGCGAGGUAUGCCUGCAACAGUAGUUGUCUUUUCAUCCUUCCCAAGAUGAGAGUGUCAGUCUGUGGCAACAAAAGCCCACCUCCUUGACUGGUUUUGUCAGCUUCUGAAUUGCUAAUCGAGCUCAGGUCAUUGACAUGUUAGUUUUCUUCCUCCUUUUCCACUGAAGCCAGCUGAUAUGAGGGGUGUUUUCCACAUCUAUUGUUUCACUGUCAUUAUUGCUAAAAAAUCUGCUGAAGUGGAAAAGAGUCGGAUGCUUCAUCCAGUAACAUUGUAGUGCAUGCAGAUGUGUUCCCUAGAUCUCUACUGUCAGUUCUCUGAAAAGCUGAUGUUCUGCUUUCACCCGAGAUUUGCUUAGUAGCACCUAGAGUGUAGGCUUUGGGUCUUCAAUAUCUGGCUGUUGUUACACGUUUCUUAAUCUUUUGUCAUUACUACCAGAUACAAAUAGACACUGGCAGCAGUUAAAUAGUUGUCACUGGCAAGCAGGUAUUGGGCUAAGCAGUUGGACUUUGCUUAUAUUUCCUUUGUGUAGAGGAAUCUUAAUUAACUUCAUUGACAGAAUAUCUCUCAGUCACCUCCUUCAAAUGUUUGUCAUUGCAGGACAAAUCAAUGGCUGUCUUUUGGAAGAGCACUUACUUUGCAGGAUCCUCUGUUUCCAGUCUGUGUUAUGGAACCAAGGAGAUUUCUGAAGUUUUUAUGAUGAAACUAUGACUGGUUCCACUUAAGCUAUUAUUUUGUCAGGCAUCUGAUCUGAAAUCUUCAUAUGUACUUCAGUGUAGUACAAUGCAAGUACUUUUCAUAGGUUAGAGCAUAAGCAUUUUAGUCAGUUGUAUCCCCCUUCUCAAAACUCCCUUCUAAAUCUUCCUUAAAAGUAUUUAAAUGUGCACAUAACCAAAAUGUGUUACCAUUUCCCUAAUAUCCCAAUGUGAAUCUACAUUCAGUCGGUUCUUUUAUAGUCUUUAAAGGGUAUAAAAAUUGUUUGUGGGGAUAGCUCCAAACAAAACUUGGUAACUGCUGUGACUCUGAUAAUAAACAAAUCUAUUUCCACAUUAGCUAAUCUAUCACCGCUCCUAACACAGUUCUCCAGUACAUCUUAAGCUUCACCACCACCUCCCGUUUCAUUUCCUUCAAAGUCUUAUGUUUUGUGAGUGAGUAUUAAGUUCUUCUUUUUAGUAAUAGAUUAUUUUAUGUGGCCUCCCCUCAACAGUUUUAUCAAACGUAUACUUCUUCUUGUACUAAGCAACCCCUCAUAUUCGGUCUGUAAAACACGUGGCAAUCUAUACUCUUUUUCAUGUCCUCCCAUGAAUUCCCUCUGUAUCUUGAUUUUAAUUCAUUCCAGUAAUUCACUGUAAGCCUCCUGUUCCUCUUGAUUAACCCCAUUUCCUGUGUGAAACCCACCUCACUAUCUCCAGUAGGCAAUAAAUUUGUGCCCAGCACUUAAUCUCUUCCUUUGCUAAUAAAGUAUGCAGUAUUGCUAUAGUUUGCUUCUUCACUCAUAUGUGAUCUGCUGUUUUCUCAUAAUGCACCCAAAAGUGUUCCUGUCUAACUUACGUCCCCUUUUGUUAACUUAUCUAAUCUCAUCUAUUUAGCUUCAUAUUUAUAUAGGUAUAAUAAAUAUAAAAUCCUUCAACAGACUGUCUCAGAGUACAUCUCUGGGUCGAGAACAUUCAAACCAACCAUGUUCUUUGAAAGUUUCAUCUUGUUCCAAGAUGACAUAUGUGUACUUCUGUCCUACACAAAAUCUUUUGUAUUCUUUGUCAAUAUUAAAAUAAUCUCCUAGAAUAUCCAAAAUGCAUAAACUACUUAUAACAGAGGUAAGGCAAAAAAUGUACUACAUGAACUUUGUGAUCCAACUCCUUUGUAAGUAUUCCUUUAAUCUUUUUUCUUAAAAACCCGUAAGUUUUAGCAGCAAACCAUUCCAGAGUACUACUUAGCCAGAUACCCAAGUAUCAGACAUUAGGUUACCUCAGUGAGAUAACUUGUCAGUAUUGGAAUACUGCAACAGUGAUCAGUAGGACAUCUACUGUUAUGGUAAGUACUUCCUGAUCUAACAUAUAUCCAACAGACCUCCUAACCAUAGCUACCAGAAGCUCUUAAGUACAAAGAAAAUAAGACAAGGGAGAAAGGACAUUAUUAUUUGUUCCCCUUAACGUAAAAGAAUUUGACAUUCCUGCGUGAAUUUUGACUUGGAUACUAGAUGUCUCAUAAAUUGUCUGUAUCAUAUCAAUACAUGAGAAGAAAAAGCAAAUUGCAUAAGCACAAUGUCAGAUAAAACCAUGUACCCAUAACAGUAGUGCCCUUCUUCGCUCAUUGUCUUUCAUCGGUGUCUCUGUUUUCAGUGUAUUGUCAUUAGUUUGCAUUCCUCCUACAAACACACCUUGAUCAUUAUGUGUUAAAUGUGUAUGCAUUUUGCUAAUCAUUUCAUUAGCACUGACCUAAACAACCUAUAAUCUUGGCUUAAUAUUGAAGUAGACCUGUAAGAAGAUGACAUUUUUAAAUCUUCUUCUUUUGGUAUUGAUGAAACUACUGCUUCAGUCACUUAGGCAAUAGCAUCUCUAAUUUUCAACACUAUGUUAAAAAGUUGUAGUAGUCAGUGUGUUGCACUGUCCUUACUAACCAUCCAAAAUUUGAUUGGCUGUCCAUCACUACUGGGAGUCUUACCUUUGACCCACUAAUGGGAGUCUUACCUCUGUGCUGUCCGUUUAUAGCCUCUAAGUCCUUCUGCAUAAGAAGAACAGUGAUAACUUCUGUCUUGCAUGCUGCUAGCCAGUGUAACUGCAUAUCUAUCAAAGAAAAGCUUACUUUUGUCUUACACACUGUCCAUUGCCCCUCUGCAUUUCAGCUUUUUAUAACUGAUCAUAAUAUAGCCAAAGCUAAUCUGCCGUCAUCACUGGAUGCACAGUAUAAUAUGUCCCAUCCUCUCUCUCUUUAAUCCAGCAGUAAUUCCCAGUCCCACAGCCAAUGAUGGUUAGUGGUCAGGGGAAUUGUAAAACUACCUAUCUUUCAGGGACUGAUAUAAAAAUUGGCAUGUUUCAUCUAGUAACUCCUCUGCUUCUUUAUUAACUUUCUCCAUCUCUUCCAUGACUGUUUUAUGCAAGCUUAUUACUUUUAUCCUUGUAGCCUGCAGAUCAAAUCUAAACCCUGACAUAAUCUAGGAAGUAUGCAAUGUAAUAUGUCUUUUCAGUUGAAUUAACUGAUAAACUGAACCAAUUCCUUUGCCAAAUAUUAUAAUUUCCCAAAUUAAUUAUAAUAAUUUUUACUAACUGAAUCCAAAGCAAAGACAGAAUCUGGUCCAUCACUUUUAGGUUUUUAAUAUCAGUUGUCACAGCACACCCAUUGUAGCAGAAACAAAACAUGUGCUUUCUCAGUUUUAACCAGUCCAACAUGUGAACCUCUCCAUCUGGCCAGUUUAUCCUGUACAAAGGCUGCGGUCUUUCCCUUCCUGCUAUCCUUCUGUAGUACAGAUAUUCCUGCAGCACACCCUGUCUUUAAAAUGUACUUGCCUCUUCCUUAAUUCCUUCCACUCAGCAGCAGUUUGGGUGCAGUUAUCGUAAAUCUCAGUUUUUUUAGGCGCAGACUCAGUCACAUCAUUGUGUGAGUUUGUGGCAUCCACCAAGUCUAUCUCAUUGCUUCUGCUGUAUAACUUGCAACCUGCUCAAUUACUUGCCCAGUUUGAGUUUUAAAUACUCUCUUCAUUUUCACCAAUGGCACCUCAGUCUCCUUCUGUCUUAUAAGUUGUCGUGCUUGGAGUCCAUAAGCCCUAGCAAUUGAUGUUUACUUGCCAUAUUGUCUGUCUUCAUUAUUAACAUUUGCUACCUUUUAACCUGCUUUCUUGACUACCUUUUACCAGUUCUGAGCAUACAAUUCAUUACUUAUCCUUUCCUUUACUGUAAAAGACAAAUAAUUUUGAUUUUAGACAGUGUCAGUAAAAUAAGAAACAGCCACUUUUGGAUGGGGAACAUAUCCGCUUAUCUGUACACCAUCAACAGAAGUUCUUUUGUCAGUGGCAGAGAGGGAUGCUCAGUCCUUGAGCAGUGUCAUUAAACUGGUGAGCUACGUGUACAGUCCCAUGUCGCAGAGAAGAAUGCAAAUAUUUAAACAAACACGUACUUUGACAUUCCAACAUGCAGACAGUAUGUACAUGCAUACAUUUGUAGUGUAGUACUUGGGGGGACAAAAGUGACUUGUGGACCUCUUCAGUGAGUUAGUGUAGGGACCCCCCCCCUGCUCCAUUUCAGCUAUUCUUCUGUGAUGCUUCCAUGGUGUGCGUGUGUGUGUGUCUGUGUGUGUGUGCGCGUGUGUGCGUGUGUGCGUGUGUGUGUGUGUGUGUGUGUGUGUGUGUGUGUGUGUGUGUGUGUGUGUGUGUGUGUGUGUACCUACCCUCUGCUAGUCCAUGCCACAGUUUUAAAUGCAGCACAGAGUGUACCUUGCCAAUGUGCCAACCAAUUAUUUUCUUCUUCUAUCACAGUAUGGGUUUUGAUCCUGAAAUUUGUCAUGGAAAAGUUCUAAAAUUCAAGUUCCUAAGAAACUUAAGCCAACAGAAUUGUCGUUAGAAUGAGGGGUGGUGUCAAGUGGGAACAUUGCCCAGAGCAUCAGUCGACUUUUCUAUGGGUCUGCAUUGAGAGAGCUUAGCAUUUGGAUAGUUUGGAGGAAACUUUUUUGCAGUUUCACUGCUGUCUCAGACCAGCUUCAGAAGGUAAAGGAGCUAGAGGGCAGCAACAGGGCACUCCUUUGUGAAAGUAGGUCCAUCCCUGGGAUGGCCUCACAUUGGCCUCGUAUGUCAUAUAUUUUCACUCACAUGGUCAAGGUUUGUGUUUGCACCCAUCUUCUGUCUUUGGGUAAUGAGCAGCCUAUGACAGAUGUGACCCAGAUAAGCACUUUUGGGUACAUCCUGCAGUGUAGACACCUAACUUCAGUUGUUUGAAUGGUCAGACUUUAUUAGUGACCAUCCUGCUCCUGGGAAACAGUCCUUUGAACUUCUUAUUUAAAGUAUAGUAGGGACACUCAAGAUGAAGGACUGUUUUACUCAAGCCUCCUUCCAGACUCAGUAGCAGUCAGUGGCCCAUGUUGAGUAUGGGUUAGCAGUGCCUCUGACACUGGAUGUUUAAAUUAAUACAUGUCAAGUAGACUGAAAUGGGGAGAGAUGGCCUUACAGAUGUGGAAAUGCAUCCUUAGUCCUGUGUCACCCCAUAACAUUCAGCAGGCUUGUUCCCUGAGCAUGGUGUCCUAUAACCUGACGCCAGGCAUUUAGCUUUGUGCUGUCAACACUAUGUGGUUGAAAACACAUAAGUUCACCUUGGCCAGUGCUGUAGAAGAGAGAUGUUUUCCUUUCUCUGUCCCUCUCUCUGCCCUUUCUCAGGACUUGAAAGAUCACAGACAAGGAGAAUGGAACUUCUCCAACAACUCUAACCUCAGAUAAGAGAUACUUUGGUGAACCUUUAAGGCUUAUAAUGUCUGCCAUGAACUGACUGACCUACAUUUCUCCACCACAGAAUGAGUAUCUGAGGAAAAAGGCAGAGGAGGGACCUUGGUUCUUCUGUCCUUUGGAGACUGUGCUAUGAUUAUCAUUUUUGCAGACUGGAAGCUCCCAGAUAAUGCGGCAUUGGCUGAUGCUUUCUACAGCCCCCUAGCAGAAUUGAGUGAUAGCCUAACUAGUAAUCUUAUUGCUGACUCCCCACUGAUCUGUUUGGUGGUACAAAGAUCCCAGAACCCACAACAGAGAAGGAAUCUAAAACUUUUGGCACUGUGGAAGGAGGAGUUGUCACUGUGCCACGUUGAUGUGUAGAUCCUUCAUCCAUGUAUCUCAUAAGUUCAGAUUUCAGACUUCCCUACUUUUCAACUCAGGAAAGGAGCUGGUCAACACCCUUUGUACAGAGUCCACAUUGGGCUGCCAUGUGACUCACUUAAUUUUGACCAUAGGCUCAAGCAUGUACCGAUGCAGGAUGUUUUGGCUAAGGCUGUCAUCUCUCAAGGAGCUCAGCCAAAGUAACCAGAAUGGCUGUUUUUUCAGAAAGGUUCACUUCAGUCAGCCCUUCGGUAUCUAGUUUGGGCUAUGCAACCCCCACAUGGAGGAUCUCCCAGACCAAGGGGAGACUCAGGGGUCAGAUAAUCUUUGCUCCAGACUAUGCCAGCAAGUGUCCCAACAAGGCAACAUCACCUGCCUACCAAACAUAGUUCUGAUUACAGUGCAGGACUGUAGUGGGCGGUUGUCUGAGUUUGAUCUUGCUUGGGGAACCAUCCCAGCACUAGAUGCUGUCAGAAAUAGUUACAUCUUAAAACCAUUAGCUGACUCCCUUAGAUGUAGAGUACUGAGGAACCAUGCUUUCUCACAGAGCUCCUGUGUUGAGCCCAGAAUGUAUUUAUUGAAGAGUCAGUAGAGCUGUCCUUGUUUGUUAGUGAGGCCAAGGGUUAUUCUCGCUUGUGAAGGGGAUGAGAGAAGUAUUUUCUGUCCUGGUCCUCAGUAACUUCUUUGAACAAAUCAAUAUCUUAAGUUCUGUGUAAUAGUUUGCCAUAGUGUCUUGCCUUUUAUGUUGGCGGGCAACAGGAUGGUCCCACUGGACAUGAUGGACACCUUUUGGCAUAUUGUAUGGAAUCUGCACAGGGUGCUUCUUCACUGUAAGGUUGGUAGGCACCACUUCCAGUACAAAGUACAUUUGGUUUCUUUUGUACUCCCAGGGUGUUUAACAAGAUGUUAGCCAUUGUGGUAGAGGCCUGCAUUAGAUGGAUCUACAUAUGUUCCCCUAAUGGACUCAUCAAGAGACUGUUAGUUUCAAUGAGUUGAGCACUUCAGUAGUUACAGUCCUCAGGGGUUUCUGUUUGGAAGAGAGCCUCUGUGACUCCAUUUCAUUGGAUUUCAUUUACAGAUGAUGGGUUGAACAGUUUCCAUUUUUUUUCUUUUUUUUUUCUUCCUCUGGAGAGGACCCAGAAGUUAAUAUCUGGCAACAUGUGCAAGGAUGCAGUGUUGGGUCAAGGCCUGGACCCUUCUGCACCUUUUGGGCUUGAAGGUGGCCCUGACCUUUACAAUAUCUUGACUGUAAAGUGUCAUUGUGUACAGAGUCACAGGUGCUCACAGACUUUCUUCUGAUUUCAGAUCCCUUUCUGUGUCCCCAGAGUGGUGGACUACCAGUUUCACUAUGGUUCUUCCCUUCCUUCAUCCAGACUCAUUACUAGUCUUGACAAGGGACAAUGCUUUCAGGGUGCACUUUGGCAUCUCCUACUUUAAAGAGACAUGGUCCUUCAUGGAGAGGAGGCACCUUACAAACUAGCAAACUAGCUGAAUUUAUAGUUAAUCCUUCUUGCUUGAAGGUGGGGGGAGGGGGUGGCUGAACCAGGCCUCUUUUGAGCCUGUCCAGUUUAGUUUCUAAAGUGGUAUUCUUGACUUUUGUAAAGGUAGAAUUUAUGUUCCCCUUAAUGAGUCCUUCCUUUUACCCUUUUAGUCUUUGUAAAAAGAUGUUAGAAGAGGUUACUUGUAAUGAUUAAUAAACUAGCUAAACUUGCAGUUAAUCCUUCUUGCUUGAAGGCUGGGGGGAGGUACUGAAACCAGGCCUGUCUUGAGCCUGUCCAACAAUCAGUUUAAUUUCUGAAGUGGUAUUCUUGACUUUUGUAAAGGUAGCAUUCAUGCUUCCCUUAAUGAGUCCUCCCUUAUAUCCUUUUAGGAAAAAGACAUGACAAUGGUAGAAAAGAUUACUUGUUAACAGUUGUUCUUCUUUCGGCUUUUCCCGGUUAGGGGUCACCACAGCGGAACUCCAGUCCGCUAAUGAUUGGCAGUAGAUUUUUACGGUGCCUAGGUGCCAG